AUGGCCACCCACUCUCCAGACUACUCGGACGACGAGUUCGACUUUGACGAGGAAUACUUUUCUCGCACUUAUCAACCCCUCUCCAACCUCCCCACGCCGCCUCCUUCGUCCCGCGAGUCAUUGGCCGGCCAGAGCCCCAGAGCCCUCCUGGAAGAUGGAGGGCUUCUUGAUUCUGCUUUGCUAGGCCCAGCAAUACACCUGGUCAACCUCAUCCCUCCCGCUGCAUCCCUGUCGGUACCAUCCGUCUCGUUGGUUCACGAUAUGCUUGUCCGCGCGGAUCUUCCCAUGGAUACCAUUGCCCUAGCCGUGUGCAUCCUAGAUUCGCUCAGCUCCAAGUUCUCGCUGAACUGGCGGUUGCUUUGUCCCCUGGCGCAGCGGGAGCCUGCCAACGAGAUCACGAAGCGGCACACCAUCCAGGCCAGCCCCACGGGUGCAACACAACUGCACAUCGAUUCAGUCAACCCCGAGUUGAUUGUUCUCGCAGCGCUGGUCAUCGCGUUCAAAUUUUUGGUCGACUGCCAGGAGCCCACGUACUACUACCGGACAGCGUGGGGAGGGAACAUGUGGACGUGCGAGCAGAUAAACUUGACGGAGAGGUGCAUCAUGGAGAACCUGGGCUACCGGAUCCUGCCGCUGUGGCACCCGGCGCUCAUUGCUGAUGCCGUCGGCGACAUGCAACGGGCCGCGAGGCAGGCAGCGUUCCCGUCCUACCCCAGAAAUGGGGAGGCGCACAAGCGCUCCGUGAGCUCGGCCGACGCUCUUCUGGGCCGCAAUUUCCCAUUGACACCGGCAGAAACGCCCACGUCAGGAGACAGCCCGGUCGCCAGCCCCGUAUGUGAAGCUGUGGUGGCUACGUUUGGAGAAAGCCGGCCCGAUUCGGUUGACUCGUCGAUGCUUCACCUGGCUCCGCGGAUCAAAAGGAAGGCCCCGUUCCCUGCGGCUGGUUGA